CCCGCGCCGCCGCGCGCAGACAAGAUGGCGGCCGCCACGGGGCGUGCGGCGGGAGCGGCGCCGGCGGGAUACACGGCUCUGGCGGUGAAGUUCGCGGAGCGGCAGCGCUCGCACCACUGCCUGUUGGUGAAGGAGCACCAGGUGCGGGAAGGGGCCGACACCGCGCACCCGCCUCGCCGCACCCUCUUCGUUCUCAACGUGCCCCCGUACUGCGGCCCGGACUCUUUGUCUAGGCUGUUCUCCCGCUGCGGGCAUGUGCAGUCUGUGGACAUCUGUGACAAGCCAGGGCCAGGAGAGAAAAAAGAUAAACUGGCAUCGAAAUUCUUUGACCACAAAACUCUAAAGGGAUUUCAAGUAGCAUAUGUGGUGUUCAGGAAACCAGCAGCUGUCCAGGCAGCCAAGGCUCUAUCACAGGAAGGUCCCUUGCUAAUAUCAACAGAGAGCCACCCUGUGAAAACCGGCAUUAGCAAGUGGAUCGCCAGCUAUGAGGCCGCCAUCGUGGAUCCGAAGGAGCUGAAGGCUGAGGUGGAUGCCUACAUGCAAGACUAUGAUAAAAAGGUGGCAGAGGAAGAAGCCAAAGCAGCCCUGGAGGAGGGUGUCCCGGAUGAGGAGGGCUGGGUGAAGGUGACGCGGAAGGGCCGGAAGCCCGGCCUGCCCCGGACAGAGGCUGCCAACCUGCGCGUGCUGGAGAGGGAGAAGCAGAAGAGGGCCCGCAAAGAACUGCUCAACUUCUACGCCUGGCAGCAUCGCGAGACCAAGAGAGAGCACAUUGCCCAGUUGAGGAAGAAAUUUGAGGAGGACAAGCAGAGGAUUGCACUGAUGCGAGCCCAGCGCAAGUUUCGGCCGUACUAGGUUGUGCUGAGCUGUUCUUCAGGUGCCUGUGCUGGAGAGAGUAGGAGAGAUGCCUACUGACUCCAUUUGUCAAAGGAUUUUGAGGAAUUAAGGCAGCUUUGGGUUGCCUCUACCUUUGGAUCUGAAACGGGAGGUCCCAGCAACUGCUGCUGGAGGAGAGUUCCCUUUACUUGCACCAGUAUCCACCUGCUCUUCUGUCAUUCAGCCCCAUGGCACCACUUCUCAGGGUGCUCAGGUCAAGGGGCUGAGGCACAUCCUGUGACAACCUGCAUCUCCCUGCCACCCAAAACUACACCUCCUAAAACUUGGUGAAAACUGGGAUUGAUCUAGCACAGCCUCUGCAGGGGCAGGGAAUGGCUGAAGAACUGUAAAUAAACUGUUGCUACUGUUUUCAGAACAUGGGAAUGCUUCUCUCUCCCCUCUGGUCUCCUGUGGGAAACAGCUUCCUGUGUGCUGGGGUGGUGGUAAAAAUCCUGGCUUGUAA